UUUCUGGACCCUUCCCCUUGUGAGCACACUUACUGGAGGACAAAGACGCUCCAUAACCAGCUACAGCUCACAUAAACCUCAUUUUGAAUGUUCUCUUGUUUAGUGGAGUAUCUUAAAACAAGUGUAAAUAGUCCAUACCCACAAUGAAAGCCACCAUUUUCUUCAUACUCUUUAUCAUUUAUACUCAGUGUUCCAGAUGUCAGUACCACUACCAGGGCCUGAUGAACUACUUGGAAAACAGGAUGCUUGCUAUGGAGUGCUCCGGCGAACAUCACACCACCUCACUGAUUGAUGCUUCGAUGGUGAACGGGCCUCAGCAUCCUUAUUCCCCGCAGUGCUUCGGCAGGGUUUGCGUAUCCUUAAAAAGCAAUUGUAUAUUGUGUAUUGUAUAUUGUGUUAUAAAAAUAUAUAUUCAUUUAUAUAUUUAUCUAUCUAAAAGAGUCACUUACGUGUUUGUGUCUUUUUUUUUUUGUCAUUAACAAUUUUUAUUGACUCCAAAAUUAAAAUGAACAGACAACACAUGAAAACACGGAAUCAACAUUUAUCCAUAUAUGCCCUCCCCCCUCUCCCAUCACCCAACAUACAUCCCAGUAGUCAGACAUUAAAUAACAACAGACACACACAUAAACAUGCAGUUCAAAGAAAACACUCUAUGACAUAAAAAGACAUAAAGAAAUAAACCUGAAAGAAACUGAAAAAAAGAAAAAAGAUUCCACAUAUUAAUUACAGAAAAUACCCAAUUGUCCCUCUCCACUUCUCCUCCCCCUCAACCCCACAGGAAGGCCAAAUAAGUGUCCCACUUCCUGCCAUAAUCACCCAACCUGCUAAGUAUUCUAUGAGAUGUCUCCUCAAAAGCCGCCACUCUGCCCAACUCUGUGCACCACUCAUGAAAUGAGGGUGCACCCGGCGACAUCCAUCCCCUGAGUAUGACCUGCCUGCCGAUCAUCAUGCAUGAACGUAUUGCCCUGUGGCAUGAACAGAACAACCGCUACAAUACUGAUUUGAAGGAAUUUAGACAGCAAGCUGCAGACCUGUUGGAGAAGUUGGGCAAGGAGUAUACUAAAUUGCAUUCAGACCUUGAGGGUGCCGGAGCACGGGUGGACCGCGUGGAGCGUGAGAUGGACUACAUUGAAACCAAGAAUCCCCCAAAGCCUUGUGUUAAAGCAGAAGACAAGAUGGUGGAACAGGACGUGGUUGUCAGUGAGAGGAAGAAGCAAGAGUUCUUUGAGCUCUCUGUGUGCAUUAACAUUGUUUCCAGUAUUCGAGCAAUGAAGAUCCUUAAGAGGCUGGGGAGUCCCAAAGGUGUCUGGACAAAAGAUGCCAGAUCAGCAAAAGUUUAUGUCUUCAACAGCACGUCUGAUAACACACUGUACGAGUUCAACUCUGUCCGAGAGCUCUCCGCAUCAUCAGGUACAUCUAAAGGCAGGCAAAUCACCCUGCCCUCUGCUUGGAAUGGGACUGGUCAUGUAGUAAAUGAUGGCUUCCUCUACUAUGUCAGUGAGGACUCUGAGUUCCGAAUUAUUAAAUAUGACCUCAACAAUGGUUCAACUGCAGACAGUGCAGUGUUUCCCGUAGAAGAUCACACCCCAGUGUACAGCCUUAAUUCAGAGACUCUGGUGGACCUAGUGGCAGAUGAAGAUGGGCUGUGGGCACUUUAUGCUGCUGGAGACACAAUUAACCUUGCUAAGAUGGACUCUAACUCUCUAGACAUAGAGCAGAUGUGGGACACAGCAUGCCCGAGAAACAAUGCUGAAGCAGCCUUUAUUGUCUGUGGCACAGUCUAUGUGGUUUACAACACCAAGCCACCGAGCCGCUCCCGUGUGCAGUGUGUGUUUGAUGUGAAUGAUAUGGUAAGCAGUGGUGAGGUCCCUCUGGUUUAUUUCCCCAGGCGCUACGGGGCCCAUUCCAGUCUUAAAUACAAUUCUGAGGAGAGGCAGCUUUAUGCGUGGGACGACGGGUACCAGAUUCUUUAUAAGCUCGCACUGCAGAAGAAGCUAUGGGCAAUAAUGCCACCACCUGAGGAAUAAAAGGUGUGCCUUUGCAGCUCUUAAAGACCCCAUUAAAUUAAAAUGAAUGUUGUUGCUUUUAGUCCAUGUGUGUUUGUUUUGAGACCAUUUGUAUCCUAGUGUACUCAUGAGUAUUGAUAAAAUGCAUUUUAGCAGACAUACACAAACCCUUUAAGCUCGGAUAAGCCCACCAGCGGGCCUAAUGAGAAUUUUUUUUUUUGUCAAAAUAUGAACAAUGUCAUGGUUACUGUUGUAACCUCCGUUCCCUAAUGGAGGGAAUGAGACGUUGUGUCGGAUGUAGUGACAAAGGGGGUCUUUCUUGAGAGCCUUGCGUACCUCUGAACUUGAGAAAAGGCCAAUGAGAAAUUGUCAGACAGAAUUUGCAUGUCCCACCCCCAGACAUAUGGGUAUAAAUGGUGUGCGUCUGUCAGUCAGGUUUUUGCAUUGAGGAGCCGAGAAUAAGUUACGGCCAUUUACAGUGGUAGGUCCGGUGUCAUGGAAAGGAGGACACAAAGUCUCGUUCCCUCCAUCAGGGAAUGGAGGUUAACCAUGACGUUCCCCUUCUGUCACUCACUCGACAUUGUGUUGAAUGUAGUGACACAAGGGGUCCCAUUUAAAAACACCAUGCACUAGACCAUGUUACGUGAACUGCUGACACAGGUGCAACUGUAUCGGCCGCACAUAACCCUUCCCAACGCCCCCAGAAAAAGGUGUCAUAUACAGACCUUAGGUUCCCAGAACUCCUAAGGGGGGAAUAGGCGACAUGACUAUCAUGGGAGCAAGCCGGCCAGCCACUGACUUUUCUCACUCUAUGUUUCUCGUCAUAGAGCAAAAAGCGGCUGGAGCUAUCUUAAUGCUAUGAAAUGCAUCAGGGAAGGCGAUCUUUUCCAUUCCUAUUCUUUCAGGUGGAAAAGACCCUGCAGAGACCACAUCCUGCACAGACUGGGGGGAGGUAACAUGUGGCCAGUACGUCACAUGGGUUGUCAAGCCACAGUGGCGCGGUGGUGAGGGAGGAUUUCUACAAACACUGCGACCGGGAGGCAGAGGGACUGCCCAAGGGAGAUGCGGAUCAGCCGACAGGAGUACCGUACCGUGGAAAUUACACAGGGAGUUGCCUGAAGAGGGAAUUAGGCCUUUGGAUCCCUACCACAGCACAGAGCACUUGAGGCUCGUAGUGGGUCUUGCCGUAAAUUCCACUGCUGAAUUCGCAGGCCAGAAGGCUAGGGAGGAAGAACAUAUAGGAAGCGAGAGUUUAGUGGAUAACCUGGGAGAGCGCACUGGAUCAGUUUUGGUGAAGCGCGCUAGGUGCAAGUGGAACACCCAGUCGGCUGUUUCGUAUUACCAAGUUCUACCGGCUCUGACCUGACAAAACACGGGACAAGGCCGACUCAACACUGAGAUUGUUGAAUCUUGCAAAGUUAUUGGGUGUUGCCCAGCCCACUGCUCUGCAGAUGUCUGCUAGGGAGGUGCCAUUGCCCAUGAGUAUACCACACUUCUGUGAGUGUGCUCGAACCCACAAGGGGGCGUGCACAGCCUGGGUCUGGUAGGCCAGGGAGAUAGCGUCAACGACCCAGUGAGCUAACCUCUGUUUGGAUACGGUAUUCCUUUUCCACCAUCCACCGAAGCAGACAAAGAGCUGCUCAGAACAUCUAAAGCUCUGCGUGCAGUCCAAAUAGAUACGCAAAGCACGUAUCGGACACAGCAAUGAAAAGGCUGGGUCUGCCUCCUCCCAGGGCAGCUUGCUUGCAGGUUCACUACCUGGUCUCUGAAGGGGGUCGUAGGAACCUUGGGCACAUAGCCCGGUCGUGGUCUUAGGAUGACGUGAUUAUCUGCCAGACCGAACUCAAGUGUCACAAGGCAAGUGUCACACAAGGCAAGUGUCGCUGACAGAGAACGCUUGCAGGUCUUGAUAGAAGCUAGUGCUAUCAGGAGGGCCAUCUUCAAGGAGAGGGCCUUGAGCUCAACUGAGUCAAGCGGCUCAAAGGGGGGUCCCUGAAGGCCUGAGAGGACCACUAAGAGAUCACAGGAGGUGAGUGGAACAGUAGUGAGAUCCAGCUUGCUGCUGCACAACCGCUUAGCUCCGUAGAAAAAAUCUGACUGACAGACCAGACUGACUUCCCUUUAUACCCGUAUGUCCAAGGGCGGGACAUGCAAAUUCUGUCUGCCAAUUUCUCAUUGGCCUUUUCUCAAGUUCAGAGGUACUCGAGGCUCUCAAAAAAGAUCCCUUGUGUCACUACAUUUGACACAAUAUCGAGUGACUGACAGAAGAUGAACUAAAGUCUUGACCAACACAAAAUUUUCAUUUUCAUUUUAAAGCUUAGAAGCUGUACUGUACAAUGAAUGUAGGCAUUAUGACCAAAACUGAACAGGUGCUUUGAAAUGCGCAGACAAAUCAGAAGUGUUCCGUUUUGAUAAUUUAUUAAAAGAUUUGCAUUGUACAUAUUUUGUUAUCAGUACAAACAUCAAACUAAUCAAAUAGCCAUGUGUCAUAUGUCGUUGGAAAGCUCUCAAUAGAAUAGAAUACAACCAGCAUAUUUGUUUUACUCACAGACAAAAAUAUAGUGAGUAUUAGCUAAGUAUAUGUCUUUGACAUGCUUGUUACAUAUAAAAAGGUAAGCCACAUUUUUGAUAAUACCUUCAAGAAAAAUAAACAGAAGAUAAAAUAUCAUAUACCAUUACUUAGAGGAGGGGAUUAUCAUUAAAAUGAGCCCACACACAAUAUAAUAAAAUGCAUAGAACAUUAAAUAAUUCAAAUGAAGCACAAUGUGCACACAGCACAUAGUGUAAAGUGCUAUCUGGCUAAAAUAUGUUAGCUUUCCUGGAUCAGACGACUUCAUCAGAAAUUAUGUAAUAACUUGUCCAGCAUCAUGGAACACUUAACCAAUUGUAUUAGGAUUCAGUAUGCUGCAACCAGAGGUGAAAGUCAUCCAAAUAUGGGCAGAGAGGAUCAUUCACUCUAAUUGUACAUGGCCACCAGAAAAUGGCGCCAAGUACAUAACAUAGACUCAAUGAUUACUCAAAUGACACAGAAUGGAACUGAAUGAGAUCUCGUUACUCGUGUCUGCAUGCUUUGGAGAGAGAGCAUACCUUUAGUCAUCGUUGUUUUUGCAUGUAUAAUAAGUUCUUAUGUACAAUUAUUAUGUUUUAUUUGCUUGGAGAGGUUUUUGGACACUAGGAUUAAUCAUUUUUAUAAUAACUUUACAUAUUUCGUCAUAUGAACUCUAAAUCUCACUUAGUUAUAGGUGACAUGAUUGGGAACAAAACAAAAGCAGUUUUUUGGAGCCAUCUUAUUUGCACGCUGAGAUAUAUAUAAUGUCAAAUCAGAAAAAUAAGAAAAAAAGUUAUUCAAGUUUUUUCUAAUUUUUUGCAGUUUCUUAUGCUAAGAGUAUUUUAGUUUAUCAUAAUCUAUAUCACUUUUUUCAAGUUUUCUUUCAAAUAAUAUCAAACAAUUGACCCUCUUUGUUUUUUAAUUUUUUUAUUUUAUUUGUUAUAAGCCUUUAAUUUUAGGCAUGCCACUGAAACAGGAAAUCUUUAAAACACCUUCUGAAUUUAAAGGGCUAAAUUAUAGUCUUUCCCUUCCAGAAAAACAACCAAAAAUAUUGAUGACUCAUGUUACACUUCACAUUUUUUUCUAAUCAAAUGCUCUCUAGAAUGAGAAUGGCCCUCCCCCUGCAACUGAACAGCAAGAAGCAAUUCAUGGUUCAUGGUGUUGAUGAAAAUAAAGCCUUUUGGCUAAACAAUGGACAAGUCCUUCAAUAUGUCCUGCCCAAACUUCCUGUUUAAUUAGGAAAUAUGUCAACACAUUCAGAAAACUGUACUUGUCCAGCAAUUUUAUGGUGUCUUUAAAGGAUGUGACAUUUUUUGUCCACAGGUGUUUUUCUUUAACUUUAUCAGGAGACUUCCUAUACUUGUCUAUCUCAACAACUGACUGAUCAGUGGAUAUUAACCCUCUCAUUUUGAUUCAGUGAUUGAACUUCACAAAACUAAAAUCUCUUAAAAAGAAAUGAAAAAUCAUUCACUGAACAAACAUUUUAUUUUAGCGUUUUUUAAAUACAAGAACCUUUUCAAACAUUACAAGUUAUAUUGCAAGUACAAAUGAGCAAUACAAAAUUAGAAAGUAUUUUGAUUCAUAUGGGGGCAGAAAACACAGUUUGUUAAAAUAUAACACACAAUAGUUAGCGAUGAGGUAAAGAACCAGAUUGUAUUUCUUAACCAUAUUAUUUCAUAAUCACCAACAGAAACACACUCUAAAUUAUCAGAGUUUUACAACAUUAUUAAUUUUGUAAAAACAAGACCAAAAAGUUGUACUUUGUCACAACCAUUUCUUCAACAAGUUGACAGGGAUUUUUAAAGAUUCUGUUAAAAUAUUAAAUCUUACUAUAUAGAAAUAUUUUAAGCUUAACAAUUACCCUAUGGGAUGAUGGAGGAUGUUAUCAAAAACUAGCCCCAAGUGCCAUAUGUAUUUCAAGAUAUUUCAACACCACCAACUGGAAAUUAGUGAAAAGUCAAUGCUCUGGAAUAUUGAGUUGUGCUCACCAUGUCUGGACAGCACUGACAAUGAGAUUCCUGCAUAGUAGAUUCACUCUACCAGGGGUUGUGCCUUUGUAACCACUGUUGCAUGAUUUUAAAUUGACUGUUUGCAACCUUUUUAUUUUUAAACAUAAAAGUGUAAAGAUGUGCAGGACAUUGAAAGGGAAGCUAUGAUCUUAUACUAUUUCUGAGCAUUUAUGUUACGUUUCCAACAUAUGCAGUAAAUACAAAUUUGAUUGACAGGAGAAAUUUGGACUAGCAACUUCAGUCAUGUUAAAGGAAUAGUUCACCCAAAAUAAAAAUUCUGUCAUUAUUUACUAACCUUCAUUUUUGUUCCAAAAUUAUACGAAUUUCUUCCAAAUCUAUCCUUGUGUUCCAUUGAAGAAAAAAUGCCAUGCACAUUUGGAGUGAUAUACAGUUUGUGUAAGUAAAUUCAGCAGAUUUGUUUUUAUGUUUGGAAGAACUAACCUUUUAAUUUAGCAGCAGGGUGUGCCAGAUCAUUUCUGUUUGCUAAAUAUAAAUUAUACAGUCUAAUGGAUGAAUAACAAUGUAAAACAAAAGUUAGAAACCAGGAUCGAGUAAAUAAGACCAAUAGGAGAGAAAAGACAAACUUUUAACCUCAGGGAUAAAAAAAAAUAUAUAUAUAUAUAUAUGGAAAAUCCUUGUUGAAAAUCAUGCCAAACAAUAAAAGUGUUAUAUUUUGCUAAAUCCUUUAUGAUAUUAAGCAUCUAAGAAGUAACAUAUUUACUUUGACUGCUUUUAGUACUGACCAACACUAAACAGUUGUCCUUAAUUAUAUAUCAAAUUUGAUUCAUAUAGAUAUUUCCAUAUGUAACAUACAUUAUGUACCACACCUAUUUAUGCACAUCCUUUCAAUUAUCCAUCUUUUCUAAACAUAAUCAUUGUAGUGUAAUUGGUUUGAAAUGCAACAAAUCUUUAUUAAUAAGAUGAAUGUUAAUUUUAAGUACCUGUAAAUUUAUGAUGUAACAUCAACCCUGCUCUUUUCAUACAGACCUGAAUAUUAAGCUAUUUUAAAAUUUGAGCAUACAUUGCUUACUCCAGACAUUUUUCAGGAAAAUUUGUCAAAAUAUGGAAAACUAUGAGAGUCCCAUUUAACUAUGUGUCAAAAUAUGUCAAAAGAUGUAAGAGUUUUAAAAUGGAACAGCAGGAGUGUUCAAAGUGGAAUAGAAUCUGUUAAAUACAAUGCUACAAGAAUACCCCUUAUUUACCUCCUCAAACUCAUUUAAAUAAAAAAUGUGAAUAGAACAUCUCACUUGAACCAAACAGAUAUAUAUGGAUAUUUCAGUGUUAAACAUAAGCACUGUUACUUUAAAUGCCCAAUUUGUACACCCGGUACUCACACACAAAUAUUAAUGUAAUAAAAUAAAUUGACUCAGCAACAUGUGAAGUGUUUUUGAGUGUGAAUGUUAACUCAUUUACAUGUAAACUGUCAUUGUUUUGGAAAGUAUAUGAAAGGAAAGAAAAAUGUGCUCUGAAGAAAUUCAGUCUUUUUGAACACAUAACAUUUAUAUAACAUCUAUAAACUGAUAAAUAUUUUUAUAUUCUUCAUAAAAUGUAUACACUCACACAUGUUUUUGUUCAAACUGAUUUUAAAGAGAAAAUAGCACUUGACAAAUCCAUUUCCUUCUUUUCUAU